GUGAGUGCAAAGAUAAUUUAAGUGGCCCUAAUUAGUAGCGAGCUGUGGGAAACAUGUCUAGGAUCAGAGAUUUGAAGAAAGAAUUUCAGUUUCUGCGGACAUUGCAAAGGAAUACACUGGAUAUGUACGGUACGCCGAGCAAUUUCCGAGACCAACGUUUACUGUCAGUAGUGGAUCAAAAAAGAAUGAGAUUCAUUAAUCCCGGAACACCAGCUAACCCUUGGGAAAAAAUGCAGAAAAUUUCUGGAGAGGAUUUGCCCGAAAACGCAGAGUGGAUCAAUACUCUUUCCUCCAGAAAACGAGCUCAUCUAAGAAGCGAGAGAGACUACAACUGGGAGAUGGCGAUGCGUAGUGCGAACAGCCAACCCAAUUGGCUUAAAAACCGACGAAAAGAACGCAAAUCUUGUUUCUUAGACAUGUUCAGGAGAAUGUCCAUGAGUUUGCCUUUCAAGAAGAAUUCGAAGCAAAACAAGUUGAAAAUUCCUGUCAUCAUCAUCACUGAAGCGACUGAGGACAUUAUAGCAUGAUAUAAAUACAUGUGAGCCUUGCCAGUCAACAGAAUCCUGUUCAAAACAAUUCCAGUACUUGGAAAAUCUGAAUGUGUAUGUGCACUCCAAAUCCUUCGACUUUCUCCUCAUUCUGGUGAAAAUAAAAUUAUUUCAGGAGCCAUCGUGAUGAUUCUGACAAUGCUCAUACCCAGACUUUCCACGGCCAAGCGGUUUAAGUUACACGAUAGGAUCUGGGUGCGAGAUUAAAUUCUAACAGGAAUUUGAGAAAUUAAACCUGACGUUUGA